AUGUCUUCGGCGCAUUUUAAAGACACAUCAUUCCCGUGGCGUCACAUCCUCUUCAGCCCCACAACGCAAGCCAUUUACGCGGCGAAUUUUUCGUUUGGAUACUGUGCCCUCUACUUGCCGAUUCAUAAGAAUGGCCUCUACACAAUGACGCCAUUUAUCUCGCAAAUUAUCUUCAAAAACGUGCUGUCUUGGGUGAGCGAUUGGUUGAAGAAGGAGAAGCAGCUAGACCCGACAAAGAUGGGGAAGGGUUUUCAGAUCUUUAGUGCCCUUGGCGUAAGUGCAAGCCUAAUUGGCCUUGUUCAUCUACCAAGCUGUGAUAGAACGUGGAUGGCAUUGCCAUUGUUAAUGCUAUACGGCACCGCCUUCUCUGCCUCUAUCCCUGGCUCCUUCACCUCGUUGGUUACGAUAGCUCCACCCUACACCGGGACAAUCUCGUCGAUAGCCAUGGCAUACCUAACUAUCGCUGGAAUCGGAGUAUCGCAGCUUAUUACGUUAAUUGAUUUUAUGAACUGGCCUCACAAAUGGACGAUAGCGCUUUAUACAGGAGCUGUUUUGAACAUCUUUUCCUUAGAAUUGGCC